AUGCCGCUCCUCCCAAGCAAACUACGAACGUACAAAUACCCGGGUCGGAAAUGUCCCGUCUGCUCUGGUAAUCUGUACUUCUCCAAGGCAACGAACAGCUUCGCAUCGGCGACUUGCCUUGACAGUGAAACGCUUACACUGGUGCGGUCGCAGGCCUCACGAUGCAAUAGCUGUGGUAGUGCACUUCGUCACAACUUCGUCUGGUUGGGUGGCCAGAAGAUCAACUGUAUGACCUUUCACCAGAUGCAGAGAGCAGGUGUCUACUUCGUGACCCAGAAGACGUGCUUCACCAUGAAGUACCUGCAUCUGUGCUACCUCCGCCUACUCCGUGCCAAGACCUCCCCUGGACAAGAAGCCGCUGUUCGUCUCCUGGCAGAUUCGCACCACCCGCUACAGUUUUGGCAAGAACAUUCCUUGCGCGAUAAUCUCCUGCACGCCCUCGAGGGCUUCGCCGUGGCCAAGAAUGAGCCGGAUAAGGUCAUAGAGUUUAACCUUGAGUACCCCGCGAAGUCCAUCGUGAACAUGUCCGGUGCGUCGUCCCACGUCCAUGUCUUCGAGCCGCCCACGUCCGUUACCGCGGUCUGCUGCGACGGCAACUUCGGAGUUCAUCGUGCUCUGCUUUCAGGAGUGGACCCUCCCAGGUCUGUGAGACUGAAAGGCAAGCCACGCAAGCUCAUUGGUGAUUUCACACGCACAUGCUCCUGCAAACAGAAGGACGCUGUACGUCAGGUGCUACCCGAUCGGACUGCUGGAUGGCAAUUUGUCUUGGACCCUUCCUCUCAACGUCUUCUUGGGGCUUGCGAACAUCUCGUAAAUGAACGGUCGUCCGACAAAGUUCGACUCCUGCAAGCCGUCCUCGAUAUGCCAAACAUGAAGGUUGACCUCAUUAUCCAUGAUGAUGCCUGCCACUUGGAGGAGUCCGUUGUAGCUUUCUUCGUACUCGCGAUGCCGUACUCGGUGGUGUCCGUUUCAGGCCACAUGUCCCGCAAGGGCGGUGGCAAGUUCACCCUGGACUUGGGUGUGAGCGCUGCGGACUCAACCCCGGACCGCGAACCUCCGGCAGCUAAGACGUUGCACCAGCAGCUGCAGGAUGGAAGCCUCCCGGCACAUCCGUCCAAAGCGGCUAUGACUGUUCGUAAUCUACAGACCCAGAUCGCUAACAUCAAGCGCAGCGUGGGUUUGGGGUCGAAUAGCUGGUCCGAUGAAGCUGAGGAGGCCCUUAAGACUUGGCUACGUCGCCCUAAACUGUCUUCGGCUUCUUCCUCCAUUUCCGGGGACCGCGACAGUGGGUCAAGUCUCAAACGUAAGAUGCUCGUGAUGGCCCAGACGAUCGACGACCUCGAAGGCGUAGUGGCUCGCGCCCAGUGGGAUGCAGAAAAGCACGAAGAGACCGUGACUGAGCUCAAGAAGCUCAAGGCUAUUCUCAAAGAGAGUUCCGGAAACGGUGCUUUCGUGCUCUGGGCCGCGGCGAAGCGCCCUGAGGGGGGCGGAUACAACUAUAGCCGCGGAGUAGAGGUCAUGUUGGAGCGCCAUCAGCAAGCCCUCGCCAAAGUGUCGGAGGCUGCCCCGCGCCGAGGACAUGUUGACCUGAUUCACGGCGACAUUCUCCGCCACCUGACGCUUCUUUCGGAUGCCCAUUUGGUGUAUUGGAACAACCUGUGCUUUUCCUCCGCAGAGUCGCGUCUCGUAGUGGAGGCGUUCACACAGCGAGCACCCCGAGGGGCAACUCUGGUGACGCUGGCAGAGUUGGAAAUCCAGGCUGGCGCGCUGCCAAGCCUUUCUGUGAGGCGUGGGGAUGAUCCACUACAGAUGGAGUGGCGCGAGGAAGGCUAUGUGCCCUUCGUGUACACCCGCCAGUGA